AUGACCGGCGUCGCCGCGAUCGUCUUUCUCCUGCAGCUCUUACCCAAGGCGGAGGGACAGGUCUUCGCAGGUGGCUGUUCAUUUGAUGAGCACUACAGUAAUUGUGGUUAUAGUGUGGCCUUGGGAACCAAUGGAUUUACCUGGGAGCAGAUCAAUACCUGGGAAAAGCCAACAAUGGAUCCUGCUGUCCCAACUGGCUCCUUCAUGAUGGUGAACAGCUCUGGGCGGGCCUCUGGGCAGAAAGCUCACUUGCUGUUGCCUACGCUGAAGGAGAACGACACGCAUUGCAUCGACUUCCACUAUUACUUAUCCAGCAGAGACCGUUCCAGUCCCGGCUCUCUGAACGUCUACGUGAAGGUGAACGGGGGACCGCAGGGCAACCCCAUCUGGAACGUCUCGGGGGUUGUGACAGAAGGAUGGGUGAAAGCAGAACUUGCUAUCAGUACAUUCUGGCCACAUUUUUAUCAGGUGAUAUUUGAAUCUGUCUCUUUGAAAGGCCAUCCAGGGUACAUAGCUGUGGAUGAAGUCAGAGUUCUCGCCCAUCCAUGCAGAAAAGCACCUCAUUUCCUACGGCUUCAGAACGUGGAGGUUAACGUGGGGCAGAAUGCGACAUUCCAGUGCAUUGCUGGGGGAAAGUGGUCUCAGCAUGACAAACUGUGGCUCCAGCAGUGGAAUGGAAGGGACACAGCAUUAAUGGUCACCCGAGUGGUCAACCACAGGCGCUUCUCUGCGACUGUCAGUGUGGCUGACACCUCUCAGCGCAGCAUCAGCAAGUACCGCUGUGUCAUUCGUUCCGAUGGUGGAUCUGGAGUUUCCAAUUAUGCAGAGUUAAUAGUCAAAGAACCCCCAACUCCCAUCGCUCCUCCCGAGCUGCUGGCUGUCGGAGCCACGUACCUGUGGAUCAAACCCAACGCCAACUCCAUCAUUGGAGAUGGACCCAUCAUACUGAAAGAGGUGGAGUAUCGGACAACCACCGGGAACUGGGCAGAAACACACAUUGUUGACUCUCCUAAUUAUAAACUGUGGCAUCUGGAUCCUGAUGUGGAGUAUGAGAUCAGAGUGCUGCUCACUCGCCCCGGAGAAGGAGGCACUGGGCCCCCUGGACCACCACUCACCACAAGAACAAAAUGUGCAGAUCCUGUCCAUGGGCCACAAAACGUAGAAGUUGUUGAUAUCCGCUCCCGGCAGCUGACGCUGCAGUGGGAACCCUUUGGUUACGCCGUCACCCGCUGCCACAGCUACAAUCUCACAGUCCAGUACCAGUAUGUGUUUAACCAGCAAAAAUUUGAGGCAGAGGAACUCAUCCAGACAUCCUCCCACUACACCUUGCGAGGUCUUCGGCCCUUCAUGACCAUCAGACUGAGGUUAGCCCUCUCUAAUCCAGAGGGCAAAAUGGAAAGUGAGGAGUUGGUUGUGCAGACAGAGGAGGAUGUUCCUGGACCCGUUCCCUUGGAAUCCAUCCAGGGAGGACCUUUUGAAGAGAAGAUCUAUGUUCAGUGGAAGCCUCCAAAUGAGACAAAUGGCAUCAUUACACUCUAUGAGAUUACAUACAAGGCCGUUGGGUCUCUGGAUCCCAGUGCUGACCUGUCCAGCCAAAGAGGGAAAGUCUUCAAACUAAGGAAUGAAACCCAUCACCUCUUUGUAGGAUUAUACCCAGGGACUACGUAUUCAUUCACCAUCAAAGCCAGCACAGUCAAGGGCUUUGGGCCACCCAUCACAACACGGAUUGCAACUAAGAUUUCAGCACCAUCGAUGCCAGAAUACGACACGGACUCCCCACUGAAUGAGACUGACACCACCAUCACUGUGAUGCUGAAGCCAGCUCAGUCCCGGGGAGCGCCUGUCAGUGUCUAUCAACUUGUUGUCAAGGAGGAGAAGCUGCAGAAAGCACGGAGAGCUGCAGACAUCAUUGAAUGCUUCUCUGUCCCAGUGAGCUACAAGAACGCUUCCAGUCUGGACUCCCCACACUACUUUGCAGCUGAGCUGAAGCCCAUCAACCUGCCUGUCACACAGCCAUUCACAGUGGGCGAUAACAAAACCUACAACGGCUACUGGAAUGCCCCACUUUCUCCCUUGAAAAGCUACAGCAUAUACUUCCAGGCUCUUAGCAAGGCAAAUGGAGAAACAAAAAUCAACUGUGUCCGGCUGGCAACAAAAGCAGUAAUAGGUAGGCAACAGGUGACCACGCGAAACCCACCCAGCCUCUUGAGCACAGGAGCUUCCACACAGAAUUCUAAUGCAGUGGAACCAGAAAAACAAGUUGACAGCACGGUGAAAAUGGCUGGAGUUAUAGCUGGUCUUCUGAUGUUUGUUAUUAUCCUCUUGGGAGCAAUGCUUACCAUCAAGAGAAGAAGAAAUGCAUAUUCCUACUCCUAUUACUUGCAUUCAAGCCAAUGUUUUAGGGGCCUCUCUGUCUUCUACAGGACCAGGAAGCUAGCCAAGAAGCAGAAGGAGACUCAGACCAGCACGCAGAGGGAGAUGGGUCCUGUGGCUACUUCUGACAAGACCUCUACCAAACUCAGUGCUGUUCACAAUGAAGAAGCUUUUUCUUCCAGCUGCCAAGAUGUUAAUGGAUUCACAUCACCCUCUCCUUGUUCAUUUUCUGUCCAAAGCAAAACCCUUCAGAGCAAAUCUUUGUUGAAUUCCUACUACUCAGUAUCAUCAGACACUGUUCCAUCGACCACGCUGUUAGACAGUAGCCAUGGAGAGAUGACCCAGCCAACCCUGACUAUCCAGACCCACCCGUACCGGAGCUGCGAGCCGGUGGAAAUGUCCUACCCCCGGGGGCAGUUCCAGCCAGCCAUCCGAGUGGCCGACCUGCUGCAGCACAUCACCCAGAUGAAGCGAGGACAGGGCUAUGGAUUUAAAGAGGAGUAUGAGGCACUACCCGAGGGGCAGACGGCGUCCUGGGAUACAGCCAAAGAAGAUGAGAACCGCAAUAAGAACAGAUACGGGAACAUAAUCUCCUAUGAUCAUUCAAGAGUGAGAUUGCAGCUGCUGGAUGGAGACCCUCACUCUGACUACAUAAACGCCAAUUACAUAGACGGAUACCACAGGCCUCGCCAUUACAUUGCAACUCAAGGGCCGAUGCAAGAGACAGUGAAGGAUUUCUGGAGAAUGAUUUGGCAAGAAAACUCUGCAAGUGUUGUCAUGGUCACCAAUUUGGUGGAAGUGGGCAGGGUGAAGUGUGUUCGGUACUGGCCAGAUGACACAGAGGUCUAUGGAGAUAUUAAGGUCACGUUAAUCGAGACAGAACCGUUGGCAGAGUAUGUCAUCCGCACAUUUACUGUACAAAAGAAAGGCUACCAUGAGAUCCGAGAGAUUCGGCAGUUCCACUUCACCAGCUGGCCGGACCACGGGGUUCCUUGCUACGCCACGGGCCUCCUGGGCUUUGUUCGACAAGUGAAGUUUCUCAAUCCCCCCGAAGCAGGACCCAUCGUUGUGCACUGCAGUGCUGGGGCCGGGAGAACAGGGUGUUUCAUUGCCAUCGACAUCAUGCUUGACAUGGCAGAGAACGAAGGCGUGGUGGAUAUAUUCAACUGCGUGCGAGAGCUGCGGUCCCAGAGGGUCAAUCUGGUGCAGACAGAGGAGCAGUAUGUGUUUGUCCAUGAUGCCAUUUUGGAGGCAUGUCUCUGCGGCAACACGGCCAUUCCAGUCUGUGAGUUCAGAUCCAUAUAUUACAACAUCAGCAGACUAGAUCCACAGACCAAUUCCAGCCAGAUAAAAGAUGAGUUUCAGACUCUCAAUAUUGUGACCCCACGUGUUCGGCCAGAAGAUUGCAGCAUCGGUCUUUUGCCAAGGAACCACGACAAGAACCGCUGCAUGGAUGUGCUGCCCCUGGACCGGUGCCUGCCUUUCCUCAUCUCCGUGGAUGGCGAAUCCAGUAACUACAUCAAUGCUGCACUCAUGGAUAGCCACAAGCAACCUGCUGCCUUUAUCGUAACCCAACACCCUUUGCCCAACACCGUAGCAGACUUCUGGAGGCUGGUGUUUGAUUAUAACUGCUCCUCUGUUGUGAUGCUGAAUGAGAUGGAUGCAGCACAACUCUGCAUGCAAUACUGGCCAGAGAAGACGUCCUGUUGCUACGGCCCAAUUCAAGUCGAGUUUGUUUCAGCAGACAUCGAUGAAGAUAUCAUCAACCGGAUAUUCCGGAUCUGCAACAUGGCCAGGCCUCAGGACGGGUAUCGCAUCGUGCAGCACCUGCAGUACAUCGGCUGGCCAGCCUACAGGGACACCCCUCCUUCCAAACGCUCCCUCCUGAAGGUGGUCAGACGGUUGGAGAAGUGGCAGGAACAGUACGAUGGGAGAGAUGGACGGACUGUUGUCCACUGCCUGAACGGUGGCGGCCGCAGCGGCACCUUCUGUGCCAUCUGCAGCGUGUGUGAGAUGAUUCAGCAGCAAAACAUCAUCGACGUGUUCCACAUAGUGAAAACCUUACGGAAUAACAAAUCCAACAUGGUGGAGUCACUGGAACAGUAUAAAUUUGUAUACGAGGUUGCACUGGAAUACUUGAGUUCCUUCUAG